GAACUUGCUGAGAAAGCAAUGGAAAUAACAAUGUGGCAGUUUCUUAGUGUUGCGUUUUUUCUUUGGAUGCAGACUAGAAGAAUUGAUUGUCAAACGAUGGAAACUAUCCGGCCAUUUGGAAAGGUGAAAAUACAACCCUUAAAUUUCAGUAAUGCAUUUGAUCAAGGGAAGAGAGUAGCAACCACCCGCUGUGUAUUCCAUGGGCCCCGCGAUUUGACGGCAACAUUUUCUAACAUCGAUGGAACAUUUAACAAAGGGAAGGUCAUUGACAAAGACACGACAGAGUACGAAGCAGUUUUUCAGUCCUCUAUGGAUGUUGAAAGUUACGGAAAAAUAGAUUUGCUGUCUGCAUCAACUUUAGAAUCAAUGACUAUAGAUUUAGACCUUCCCAAGACAAGUAAAUCUAUGCAGAACAAUUUUCCUUUUACAAGCUGCAAGUUUGAAGUCCAAAGGUCCAGCGAUGAACAAACAACUAACUAUACUGCUAUUGCGAAAGAGUGCGGGAAGAUGGCGAGCAACGGGAUGUAUCUUUAUUUCCCAGUUAAACUGACGGAAUGGAACCAUGUCAAAUAUGCUAAAGUGUCAACUAGUUUCUAUCAGUCACCAGAAACUACGGCAAAUGUCGUUAUUAAGACAAACGAAUUGGCUACUGAUGGUGUUGACAUUAAAUCUGUCCACUUCUCCAUUAUGAACUACUACGGGGACUAUGCGUCUUUAGCUCAUUAUCUUACUUGGUCAUUCAGGCUUAUAUAGCCACCCCUCCAAUCAUAGAUCAAUAUCGAAUUUAUUGUGAAAUAUCGGUGUUAUCUAUUAUUAAAUCCGUAACAAUGUACAUGAAGCAGAUUUAAAUGUAAAGUAAACCGUCAACUGUUAAACUCAAGUGUCAAUAGAAUAAUAGUGAAAUACAUAUGCAAAGGAUUCGUGUUUAAAAAUUCAGACUAUGUUAACAUGCAAUAAUAUCAGUUUCAAAGUCUCGGCAUGCGUUUGGGUAACUUUAACAAAUCAACAUUUAAUUUCGACCAAACAAUUAAGCGGACAGUCAUUUUUUUUUGGUUUUUUUUUUUUUUUUUUUUUUUUUUUUUUUUUGGUUGUUUCUUUUCUUUUUUUUUUGGAUGUGGUACACAUAAACUGUUCUGCCGAUUUAAGCUUUAAAAUUUAUUUCAAUUUUGCUGUUUGAUAUCAUGCUUGUAAAUUUUACUUGUAUAAACAAGACGUAAGAUACAAGGUUUUGCUGUUUAGUUUGUCAUCUAAUUACAAGUUUUCGAGAAAUUAUCACCGUG